AUGUCGAGCUUGUUCGCGACGGAGAAGUUGACAAAGUUGGUAUCGAUGAGGACGCGGAAGGGGGGCCCGAGAGAGGGGUUGAACUGGAAGAACAUGGAGGCCGGGUUGGGGUUGCGGGCCAGCUUGGCCUUGUCAGACUCCUUGUUGACGAUGGGCGCCGCAGCAGCUUUGGAGAGCGCUUUCAUUUGUAACCGGGAGUCCGUGGGGGAGACUAGGCGCUUAACCUCUGCGAACUUGCGUGUCCGCUUGGCGCGUCCCAUCGUUGCAAGGCAGGCAAGUAGACUGGAGGGUUAGAUAAGCGCGAUAGCGGUUGUGAAGAGAGCGGUGCGAGAAGGCGUCUCCAAGAUAUGGAGCAGCGACGAGAGGAACGGCGGCGGGGAAGACCACGCAUGGAGUGCUACAAUAUCACACGUGUCGUACGUCGAAGUAACGGCCGGAAGGCUCUGACGUUGAUUUUCAUAUACCGUAAAAUGUCACAAAUCGCCUUUUUU